GGGGGGUCAGAGUCAAAACUAGAUUUAUUUAGUUUCCUAUCCGACAUCGAACUUUUGAUGCCUCCCCUAGCUUGUUUGAAAGAAUUGUUGGACUUACCAUUGUAUAUGUUCCCAUGUGGUCCACAUCUUUCCUUCAGCCGUGUAUUGUUGACUUGUAUGUAGUCACACAUUUAAUAAUACAUUUAUAUAAAUUAUUUGAGAGCUUUUGUGCUCUAUUACACAGUAGUGAGCACACAUAAAUUGAGUCAGUCUAUGAAUGUACUUUUAGUAUUUUAUGUGAAGAUAGUUGAAUUGCUUGUGACUUUUCAUUCAUAUCUAAUGGCCACUAAAAACAUAGCAUAACAUAGCAUGGGAUAAACCAUAAACCUCACAUUAUUUUGCGUUCUGCCUUGAGAAGUUUGAUGUGAAUUUAGGUUGGACAUUAGAAGGAUGGCAGAAAUAUACUCUAAGAGCUACCUCAGGUGUUUUACAAUAACAUCAUUGAUUGUAGCAUGUAUGGCUAAAUUCUGGUGUGGAAGUCUGUUCAUUUUCAAUGUAUAUUCACUGGCACUGAAACACACCUUCAACUACACACAGAGUGACAUUGAUAUGAUGGCUGCCAUGUCACAUUUUGGAUUUCAUACUGCAAUCCCAGCUGGGAUAGUCCAGGAUAUGUUCGGACCUAAAGUUACGUCAGCCAUUGGAUUAAUUCUCACAUCUACAGGAUACUUAUUGCUAUGGAGCACAAUGAAGAGCAUCGAGUUUUACACUUCCAAAGCAGGAUUGUUAAAGCUAUAUUUCUUCAUAAUUGGGCAUGGAGUGUCCUACACAUAUAUGGCAGCGUUGACAACCACAAUAAGUAACUUCACCAGCAAACAUCGUGUUCAGGCUUUAGCCAUUCUUGAAUCAUGCUUUGGGGGAGGUGCUUUAGUAUUCGCUAUCUUAUACGCUAGUUAUUUUACAAAUGGCCACAUAUACGAUGAACAGAACCAAAAUUGGUCAGGCUUUAUUUUGAUGCUAACAAUUGGUUCAAGUAUUGCAAACUGUUGCUGCGUUGCCUUCCUACGAAUUGCCCCUCAGUCAGAUGCCAAUGAUGCAGAUGAUGAAGAUAGUGAUAAAGAUGAUAAAUAUAUUGCAGCUGAAACUGAAGAUGAGGAUGAUCUGAAGGAUAUCUUUAAUGAAGCUGGAGAUGAAUCGGAAUCUACAGGACUUUUUCAUUCUGAAGACGCUGAAACAAGCAAUGAGACCUUGAUAUAUAUAAUGAUCAAAAAAAACUGGUUGGAUUUCAAAAGGAUUUUUGUGACCAAAAACUUCCAAAUAAUUCUUUGGUUAAAGAGUAUUAUCACACCAAUAGGUUUUGUGUAUUUAAUAAAUAUCACUGCAAUCUUGAAAUCUGCCAGACUUGAGGCCUACAGUGCCAUAUUUACAAUUCUACGCCCGAUCGCAGGGAUGUUGGCACGUGUUAUCUUAGCUGUGCUUGCUCAAUUGCUAAAGGGGAAGAUACAGAAACCUAUUCUUUUGCUGAUCACCAACAUUGGUUUCGUUGUCGGUCAAGGAUUGCUGAUUAGCUUAGGAACUAACUUAACAGCAUUACAUGUAUCAAAUAUUGUUAUUACCAUGGCUCAUUCAUGUGUGUUUGUGCUUGUUAUAGCAAUAUUAAGCGACCUAUUUAGCAAAAAGAAAUUUGGUCGUAUUUGGGGAUUCAUUUUAUUUGUUUCUACAAUAUUUAGUUUUUUAUACCCAGCUAUAUUUGGACUAAUCUAUGAUGCGCAUACAAAGAUUGGCAAUGUAGAUUGUUAUGGACUAGCCUGUACCCAACUUACGUUUAUAAUUACGAGUAUAUUUACCUGUGUUGUUCUUGUAUUGAAUAUUGCACUUAUUGUUAAUACACGGUUAAUAUGACCUGAUUUUAUCUGAAUACUAUUCAAAUAAAAUUAUUGAAUAUAAAGUAAGAAAUACAUGAAUACAAUGUAUACAUACUAAAGCGAAGAAAGACUUUGUUUAAGUUUUAGUUGAAUAUUAUUUAUUAUUAUAUCACUGUCAUAUUCCUCACCCUGAUUGGUUCAUGUCCUACAAGUGACUAAAAAUAAAAAGCCAUGACUUUCGUUGAAUAUCAAAUGAUAUGCACCAGUCACAACUUAGUCCAGUGUAAUUUUAAUUUUAUAUAUACCUUGAUGAACAUAAUUAUGAUUAAUUAGACAUCAAUAGUUCAUUUCACAUUUAUUUCAUUAAUGUGAGUGAGGAAUAUAAAAGUGAAUAAUAAAACAGAUAUUUAAUUCUGUUUU